UUCCCAAGGAGGUCUCUGGAACGGGAUGUUGCCAGUAUUUCGAACUAUCCCCAGUUACGCAACUAAUAAGCCAGCGAUGGUCAAAAGGCGGAAUCUCUGUGCACUUCACGUAUAUUAAUCUGUACACACUCAUUUGCACUGAACUCAUUUUUGUCACUAUAUAUUUCCUGUCUAUUACUCAACAGACCUUCUGUAAAUACGUAACUUAACUAAUGUUGAUGUGUUCCGUGUUCAUAACAUUUUUUUAUGAAGUGCAAACUUAAAGCGUUCGAUUGAAAUACAAAGUGAUUUCAGAAUGCAAUAACGGUACACCGUACACCGAGGAAAUCCCCGACAAUGGAGAAAUGUGCAUGUCGCAGUUGUGUUUGAUCAAGAAGUGGAUCGCUGUUUGUACAAUACAUUAGCCAUGCCAUAAUAUGAUUGUGGAAGAUUAAAAUUCGAUCGUAUAUGAUAUGAGACGUUCAUAGACCCGUAAAACAUUCUACCAGGCCUAGUUUGUCGUUUUCAAUAACUUCGCGGUGGCGAUGUAUUAAUUAGUAAAAGCUACAGUUCACUUGAAUGGGUACAAAAGAAGUAUAUAUAUAAUGUGAAUAGGAAUUUAUUUCAACAAUCAUUUUCUGCGCGACUUUUGUGAAGCCACGUCAAAGCGCGUACAGCCUGCAUAGUUCUCGCAAACAAAAUUAAAAUAAAGACAAAUAUAUCCGCGGAAAAUCAAUAGAAUAUCGUUCAAACUUUGUGAAACGGUACCUAUUGAAAUAACAAAACCUUGCAAAUUGAAGAAAAUAAUCUUGCAGCGUUCUUUUAAUCCUCGAUAUUCAGGCAUAUUGGUUAUUUCCAAAUAGGCGGAAAUAAUUUUAUUAUAAUACUAAAUCAGGCGAUAUAGCAUUUUAAAUUACGUCUAUACAACGUAAGGAAAGUAAUUUAUACGCUGUAAUAACAGAGUAAAAAAUAAUUGUUGGAUUAAUAUACGCUUCAGUAUAUGGACGAAGGAUUCGCACGUUCUGUCAACAAAAAGAGACACAGAGAUCGCUCAUGUCUUCUGAACAAACAGAACGGUAACAAAUACGCGUAAUUUAAUAGUGCCGGAACUUAAAAUUAUCGAUAAUGUAAAAGAACGAUACAUGUCGUUUACUAUUGCCAAAAGGGGAAGGUUUGAACAUUGGAGUUUGACAGAACUUUACUAUUUAUUGUAUCGCGGAUGUGAAGAAAUAGAUAUAACACUGUGCUUGUGUUUGUAAGAUGCGAUAUAGGUAACUCUUUACAAUCUUAAAAGUUAAGUCGUCUAACAGUUUCUUGUAACGGAAUAUGUAUGUGUUCUGACGUUGUAUGUUUGAUGACGUCAUGUGUUCUGACGUUAAGCAUACGUGCACGAUUCCAGAAGAUUUAUCGGUGGAUAAUUUUGUUUAAGAAGUUUGUUUAAGCAUAGCAUACUUACCAGUAGCUGGAAUCGCCACUUCGGGUACUCAGGAGACGGUGUGAUGGCGAUGGGUGUGGAAACAGGACCCGUCUUUCCCGGACAGACGGCCAAAAAGGACACCACGGAGCAUGCGCACAGAAAGUUACCUAGACCGAUAAUGUUCUGGAGCGUAAACGAGAAGACGGCGUACCGCCGGAACCGCGUCGUUCAGACCAGGUUGAACAAGCUGACAAGUGACAUCGCCACGCAGCGUAACAGCGCCCGGAAGUCCAUCCGCUUCGAGGCGCACAAGUUCCGUCAGAAGAGCGGCCAUUUCUACAGCCACCCGUUGAGCAAUACCUCUGGAGACUCACAGUCGAGCGGCAGUAAUAUCGCACCGCCUAACUGGCGACCCCCGAGCGAGCUUAGCUCUGGCAUACCCAAUAGCUCUUAUAGUGAGGAUGCAGUCAGUUCGAGCCUGGGCCAGCGAAAAGCUGUGUUGUCUCCGAGAAAACAGGGCAUCAUCACACGGGCGACCAUACCUUCCGUGACGUUUUCUGCGUACCGGAACGUUCAGUGUAUCCAGGACGACUCGAGGAUCGACGAUCUGGGUGUAAAACCGGACGUGUGCUCCUUGGGACUGGGAAAGAACGCGAAGCACAAUCCACCUUUCCGAAGCGUUUCUGCUGUCCAACAUCGGGAGAUUCCGGAUCUGCUCGGUCAGCGUCGCCAGCAUAGCGCGGCUCCGGCAGCGCGGACAUAUGCCAACGUCAGUUUUGGAGAAAAUACACGAGAACUCACAAAUAAUAUUGAUUUUAAAGUGAACUGUUCUAGAACAGCAAGUGACAAUUUUAAUCGCCGAUCCGACUACUAUUUCGAUCGAGCCAAGGCUGCCUACCAACUCCGACAGGACCUCCAGAGGCGCGCGAGGCAGCGACAGCAGGAAGUGCAGACGGCGUUGUUCACGCUGCAGGACGCGCUGGCCAUAGAGAGAGCGCAGUUCCUGAGGAGCACGGACAGGGUGGUGGACUUCUUGCGGCGAGUGGUAGAGAUACAGCGAGCGGAGCGGCCUGCGGUGACCAAGUACACCAGGGACGCCAUCAUACAACAAAUGCACAUCUGAACACUGGACGAGAUAUGCCAUAUGUAAGGAAAAAAUAUCGUGAUUUACUUGCAUAUACAUGUGUUUCAUUCAUAUGUUUGUAAACGGCUUGUCAACGUUAAGCGAAAUUCUUAGUUCUUACUGACGCUGGAGACCUCUCUCCCUGCUGAAACCUGCCGUGCACGACAAUACCCCGCGCGAAGUCCUCUUUAGCCAUGGUCAUUAUACCAAGUAUACGCUCACGUAAGGCUGUGUCCGCGCAAUGGUUUUAUAUGUUAACCCAUCUGCUUACAGUAUUAUCGUGGGAAAUAUUAUACUCAUUUAUAUUGUCUACAAAAUCUUCAGAGUACAGUUGCCGUUAGUUUUGGCGACUUCACAGUACCCAUUACAUGCAUGUAGGUUAAUGAAGGGCCUGUUGUAGUUUUUGCAUUCACACGCUCGACACGAUGUGAACAACAACAAAGAUCACAGCCAAUCUAAGGAUGUUCGUUGCACGAACAAGAACACGCUUUGGUGGAAGUGAUUGUAGAUGCUUAACUGCUGUGAUAAUUAACACAAUGAUAACCUUAGAAUUACAGAAAAAUAUAAAUGUGACAGUAAAUAAACAUAUGUGUGUAAAGUGACAAUGAAAACACAUUUGUACGCACAGAAAAAGUUAUACAAAUAUUAAAAGGUACCAUAAACAGAACAAUUUUGUAGAUCGGACAACACUGAUGGUAUUUUUUCCA